UGUUUUUUCUUUUCUUUUUUAACAAUUCACAACUUGGAGGUGAGACGGUUUGAAUUCCAAAUUUGGGGUUAGAGAGAUACACCUUAUCAUAACUGUUGAGCUGUUGGGUUACGAGGUCCAAAUGUAAUCUAAUAGUAUUGUUAAACUGAAGGAAAUACAAAGGAAGAGAGGAAAGGAUUAAGUUUUUUCUUAAUCAAAUUAUAAUAUUUUAAAAUUUAUCACUUCUUUUCUUUUAUAUUCAACCUAAAUAUAUGAUAAAUAGUAAAAAAGAACUCUACCAAUUACAUUCAAAUAAAUUAAUUACUUUUUAAAUCUAACACUUAAAUAGCACUCAGCGUGAUCCAAUAUCACAUUUGACGCAUAAUUUCUUUGCUUCUUCAUUUGUGAAAUAAAAUAUGGAUGUUCAUAGGAAAAAUGAAAUAAAAUAUGGAUGAAUUUCACACUAAAAAAAAUAGCUGCUUCACUUUACUCAUAGCAAUAUGAACACAACAACAUCAACCUAUUACCUGUAAUUUCAAACCCAAAUAUCGAACAUAUUUGACCAUGAAAUUUUGGUUUCAUUUAGCUCCUUUAUGGAAGAUAUAUACAUUCAAAAUUAAAAAAAAAAAUGAAACAAAAAAGAUGGUCGGAGGAACCCAGAUCUAGUUUCUGGGUUUUCGGCGGAACCCAGUAUGAUGAAGACUUGAAGUUGAAGAGGAUGGUGGAUGCCGAGGAUGAGAAUGAGGAAGAUGAAGAGGCUGAGGAGAAAGAAGAAGAUGAAGAAAUUAAAAUUAAUUUCGUUUAAAUUCUUUUUAUUCAUGGAUUAAGAAGUUUAGGAGAAAAAAAUAUUUAAUUCCGAUUAAUUAAAAUAUUUAGUGUUUUUUUUGCCAUGUGGUAUUAAAAUAUUUAAAUGAAA